UAUUAAUUGUCUUCCUCUGCCUCUCUCUCUCUCUCUCUGCUUCAAUAAUGGCCUUAUUCUCUCCAAAGUCAGAGCUUUUGUUCUUGUUCUUCUUCAUCUUUUGUCUAUCCUUCAAUCUUAGCCGUUCAAAUAAAGAUGAUGAUGUUCAUGAUCUCCUUCCUUUUUACAAUCUUCCAAAAGGUCUUCUCCCAAACAAUGUGAAAUCCUACACUAUUUCCACAAAAGACGGUUCUUUUACUGUCAAACUUACACAUCCAUGUUAUGUACAGUUUCAAGAUCAGCUUGUUUACUACCAAAAAGAUAUUAAAGGGAAGUUGAGUUAUGGAUCUGUCUCUGAUGUCACUGGAAUACAAGCAAAGAAGUUGUUUGUAUGGGUAUCUGUAACUGGGAUUAGUGUUGAUGAUGAGUCUCAGAUGAUUGAAUUUCAUGUUGGAUUUUUGUCUGAAAAGUUGCCAGCUAAGGAAUUUGAGAAUAUUCCUACUUGUACUAAUAAGAUUAAGGGUUGCCAACAUUCUGCCUUUGCUUCAAUAUGAUGAGGUCAACUUGUUAUCUUUAUAAUGUCUAAAUCCAAUAAUACUUGUAGUUUGAGUCAAUGAAUGCAAACUUUGUAUAAAUUGCAAAAGAAUUCAUGUGUUGUUCUGUUCUGAACUGCUGAAAAGGAAUUGUCUUUCUCCCAAAGACAGAUCUGUGUUAUCAAGAGAAGUUUUCUGUAUGGAUAUCUAUUGAGGAGUUCAUCGAUGUUCGGUUAUCCUUUGCCUAAGGAAUUUGAGGCAAUUCCCACUUGUAAGAAUAAUGAAAGGGUGCUAAGAUACAUCCUUGCUUUGCUUUAGUAUAAACUGAAGUUCCAAUCUUUA